AUGUCACUCAAAUUACAAAAAAGAUUAGCAGCUUCUGUUUUAAAAUGUGGAAAGAAUAAAAUAUGGAUGGACCCAAAUGAAAUUAGCGAAAUUUCAUUAGCUAAUUCAAGGUUUAGCAUAAGAAAAUUAUAUAAAGAAGGAUUGAUUUUAAAAAAGCCACAAAAAGUUCAUAGCAGAGCUAGGGUUAGAUUAUAUAAGCUAGCCAAAAGAAAAGGUAGACAUAUGGGUAUCGGUAAAAGAAAGGGUACCAAAAACGCAAGAACAAAUCAAAAAACAUUAUGGAUAAAGAGACAACGUGUUCUUAGAAGAUUAUUAAAAAGAUUAAGAGACUCCAAAAAGGUUGAUAGACAUUUAUAUCACUCCUUUUAUUUAAAAUGUAAGGGAAACCAAUUUAAAAAUAAAAGAACUUUAAUUGAAGCCAUCCAAAGAGAAAAGAAUGAAACAUUGAAAAAGAAAGCUAUAGCAGAUCAAUUAGAAGCCAAGAGAUUGAAGGCUCAAGUUUUAAGAAAUAAGAGAAAAUUAAAGAAAGAUAAAGAAGUUGUAGCAUAA